AUGGGUGGAUCUAUGUCAAGAAUAGUCCCGGGAUUAUACAUAGGUGGAGUAGCUAGUGCUCAAUCCAAAAGCCAAUUAGAGGAAAACGGCAUUACUCAUGUCUGCAGCGUUCUGCACUACAAUUUCAAGUGUCCUUCCAGAAAUCAGUUAAUGCUUCGGGUCGAUGACGAUGCAAAAGAAAAUAUAGCUAAGUAUUUUAGAGAUUCGACAUUUUUCAUUCACGAGGCCAGAGUUUGUGAUGGUGCUGUACUGGUUCAUUGCGCUUGUGGUGUUUCUCGUAGUGUGACUAUAACCUUGGCCUAUCUGAUGACCGUAACAAAUAUGCCCCUACCAAAGCUUGUUAGAGCGGUUGUUGGUGCAAGACCAUGCGCUUGCCCGAAUAGUGGAUUUUUGGUAAGUUGA